GAUUUCAACCCAGGCAGUCUGAACUGAGCCCGAAGUUUCUUGGCUGAUCGGAGAAGGAAUAAUUUGGAGCCCGUUUGCCCCACACAGCGCUGUUGUGGAUAUUUACGUCCACCUUGUCUUCAGUGUAGAAGAAUGGCGAGAGAUUACGCAUCGCGCUGUCCGGUGUCUCCGGUGAGAAACACUUGGCUGGUGGCAGCAGCGAUCCUCCUCGUAGCCAAAGGCGUCGUGGCUCAGAAAGUGCGAGUCGAGGAGGAACUGGAGGCGUAUCCCACAGAGUCCGUGGAUCUCCGUUGCCAGUUCAUCGAUGGAGGAGGCCGAACCAAGCUCACACAGGUGUCUUGGAUAUGGGAACCCACUGAUGGCCAACGGGACAACAUUGCUGUGUACCACCCAAUCUAUGGACAGAGUUUCCCCAACCCGUCUUUCAGAGACCGAGUUGUCUUCCUGCACAACAGUCUGGAGAACCCGUCCAUUAGGAUUUCUAACCUAAGAAUGUCCGAUGCUGGUCGUUACACCUGUGAGUACGCCACCUAUCCCUCUGGAAACGAACAAGGCACGACCACCCUCAUCAUGCUUGCCAAGCCUAAGAACUCAGCCAAGGUGGUGACAGUCCAGGCCGGCACUAAAUCGGUGGUGGUAGCCCAGUGCGAGGCGGCGGAGGGCAAACCAGCAGCCACCAUCAAGUGGCUGGCGUCAGUUGGAGGCAACCACUCAACCAGCACCACAAAUGGCCCGGACGGGACGGUGACGGUACGCAGCGAGUAUCGUCUGGUUCCAACACCGACGGAUAACGGCAGAGAGGUGACCUGCAUGGUCGACCAGAGGACACAGGAGCGGCCGUGGGUCUACCCUGUUAAACUCUCUGUGGAGUACCCGCCCUCUGUGUCCAUAGAGGGAUACGACAACAACUGGUACGUCGGCCGUUCAGAUGCCGCACUCCUCUGCCUGGCCAACGCCAAUCCUGCACCCACCACCAUCACCUGGACCGCGGCGUCUGGUUCUUUGCCAGACACGGUGGUGGUGGACGGCAACAAGCUGAUCGUGAGGAAGGUGGACGACGCAGUCAACACCACAUUCAUCUGUGAGGUCAAGAACAAGCACGGAGCCAGCAAGCACCAGAUCACCACCAUCGUCAUCGCAGAAAAGAGACAAAUCACUCCAGGCCCACCGACAGGUGCUGUUAUUGGUGGUAUCCUGGGCGCCCUCGCCUUCAUCGGCAUCAUCGUCGGCAUCGUCUUCUACAUCCGCAAGCGCCAGGAAGACGGAGAAGGCCCUCCCAAGCACAAACCCCCUCCCCCUGUGAAGGCAGGCAGCUCAACAGAGAUGCUGAACAAGCCAUCAGAGCCUCCCACGGCCACAGAGACGGCACCUCUCAGCCCAGGAGAGGUUUACUAUGAGCCCACGGGGAGAGAGCCUGUCACGAACCUGGAUGAUGAGACCACUGGCGCCUUGAAUGGCGGCGCCCCUCCAGUCCUGGACGAUUCGGCCAAAUACGACAACAUCAACGAACUCAAAGACCAUUCCGCCGACGGUCACCACGGCAACGACAUGGAUUCAUCCAAUCACGAGCCACCGGCUGCCAACAUCUCUCGCGGGGAGAGCUUCGUAUCUCCCGCCAUGUAUGUGUAGCCGCGGCGACCAGAGCACCACAUCACAGGCAAAUGGGCAAGUUCCAGGUCACCUAAAUCUGCAUGAAAAGCAAAGUUGAGCACACUUGUUUCCACACUAGAAGUCCCUUCUAUUGUACAUUAACAUUUUUUAAAUUUCUAACUUUUAAUUUACAUACAAUGACGUUUUGUAUCUUGGGUUUAUUUUCUUUUACCAGGCUCAUUAUGGGGUAUUAUGUGUCAAAAUGUUUUCAAAUCUCUGCAUGAAAAAAGCCUUUCAGCAGUGCUUUCGUUUCUGAUAAAGCGGAAUGGGUAACAAGUUAUUUAUUUAUUUUUUUCUGGCUUUAGCAAACUGUGGUGUCACACAGAGUUUAACUGGUGAAGAAAAACAGAAAUAAAAUACAAAACGUUAUUUAACACACAGUAGCUCAUGAUAUCUGACGAGCAAGACAGCCAUUGAAAUCAUAUGUGUGUUGCAUAUGAUGAGGCGGGCUUUUAUGGUUGAGAGGUGUUGCAGUGUGGGUGAACUGGAGCACUUCCCUCAGCUAAUUAACGCAGUGCUCUGCCUGCGUACUGCUUGCAAACCUAAAUUUCCACCAAAAAUCAGCAAGACAACAUCUUUUUCUGUGGAUUCAGUAUGAAAUAUUAUAUGCAACAUUUUGUGCCAUGAACAUAACAACGUCCUCAUCGUAGGAUUAUUGUUUUAUGUGAGGCUGCCAGUCCUGGGCUCUUCUGUUUACAGUCGUGGAAAGUGAUUUAAACUUCUUUUCCUCUCUAAAUAUGGAUAAAACGUCAGGCUCCUGUUGCAGCCUUGUGCUACAGAGAAAGCAAAAAUACCCCCCAAAAAAAUACAUUGAAAUCCUUUCAAAGUUCUCUUGUUCCAUGCUUGGUUGGGUUUGAAUUACAUACCGCUGAAUUUGGUCCCAGGAAGUCCAGAGCCUGGUCAUCUGGCUCUGCAGGCAGCUUCAGUUAAUCACUGAGGAUGUUUGAAAGUAUUUCAGUUAUUAAUCGGCUUCUACAAUAAUUCUAAAAACAGCCUUUCCCACUCUUGUCCAGGCUACAGUCCAAUAAAGAAACAUUCCACUUUCCAUUAUGUUGUCAAAGGGCCUCAUCUGUCCCUGGACCACAGUAACCAUCGGCGUACCGCGCUGCUCAUUAGCGCUAACGAAGGGGAAGUGACAUCGUUUUGAGCCUCUGUAACCUGGCAACAUUACAUGAUAAAGAUUCCAUGAUUCAUAUUUUGCUGUUGUUAAUUGCAAGAGUUGGGAGGGCUGUGAGUUGGGGAGAUGGAAGUCGGUUUACAACAAAGCACACACACACCACAGGGUUCUUACAUGUGCGCAGACACACACUUAAACACCAAUGUUUGUAUUCAGUCCUCCUCUAAUAAAUCACACUAUUAAGGCUGAGAAAACAUAACAAGGAAUGUAGUCUUCAGAGUGUGAAAAUGCUCUGCAUAUAUCAGAAAAAUACUGCCAUUACAGCCAUUUUAACUCAUUAAAAUGGCCACACACUCUGAUAUAUGCAGGACAUUUAAACAUACAUUUUGCAUUUUAGCCAAAAAAAAAAAAAGAAAAAGAAAAAAGGUGAGCAACAACUAUGCCUGGCUGAAUCAAAAAUUGGUCUUCAUAGAUGUCAGAUGGUACCAAAUGAUGAACAAUGUAAAUAGUAUUGAUAAUAUUGAUGAAUAAUAUAUUGUUGGUGAAAUGUGUACACAUAAAAAAAUAAACAAGUGUAGGUGUUAUCAGUGCCUCUGUACAGGGGAUGGCAGUUUGUUAAAUGUCAAAUUGAGCGGUUAAAAAAAACAAAAACAAAGUGUAUAUUACUAUUUUACUUUUCAUGGGUACACCGAGGUUGUCACUUGAUACUAAAAUAUUUUAUUUGAGUAUAUAUAUAUAUAUAAAAAACUUAAAUGGUGUGGAUUUUACUCCUUGUUCAUAUUACUCUGCAUGGCAUGAUUGGUGGCUUGUUGAAACUUUUCCCAAGGCUGUUUGCAGAAUAAUCUCUUUCAUUUGUAAAAACAUUUUUGAAUGUCAAAAAAAAAAAAAGCCGUUUUUUAAAAAAUUUCCAUCUUAAUGCAUCUGUCACAGUCACGCACACCAUGAGCACAAGUCCAAUUUAAGUUGAGAGAGCGGGAUUUUUUUCUUUGUGUGAGUGUGUGUGAUGGUUCAGCAGACUGUCUGUUUUUGUUUUUAACGCUGAUCCGAAAAUGCGGUCAGCGUGGAAUCGUCAUCUCUCAUGGCCACAGAGAUGCAAGUUUUUCUCUCAUCAUGCUUAAUCUUGAGCUCUUGCUUGAGGCCUCAACUUACACAAAUCUUCCAGAGUAAUCACGUUGAUAGUUGGAUGACAGACCGCAGCUGACCGUGCCAUUUUAAAUCAUCCACAAAAGCAAAUAAUCAGGUGGUGGACAAACUGCAGAUUGGUAAACAGUUAGAAACAGGUGUAAAAGCUGAUAGAGCUGGUAGAGCUGAGCUGAUAGAAUAAGAUGAUCAUGGGAAGGAAAUGCUACAGGACUGAAAAUUAGCCUACAACAAGUUAACAUAAAUUUCACAUCUGUGCUUUUAUAUUUCUGUGAGGUCAGCACCAAAUGCAAUAUUUUAAUUUUUCUGAUGUAUGACAAUCAUAUGUUAAUAUUUAACCAUCACUGGCUUUGGUGGAGACAUUUUUUUGUUGUUAAUGUUGGUGUUGUUCAUGUAGUUGUAGUUAUUAUGGAAGUUCCACUUAAAGUGCUGCACCUUUGAUCCAUCACAUUUGAUGAAAAGACAAAUUUAAAAAUUACAAAUAAAGUUUAACACAACCAGUUUAUGAUAUGGAAAUAGGUUGCUUAGCUGCAACAUCUGGUUCUCUUAUAUAAUGUUAACCAGCAAUAUAAACUCCAGACAGGUGCGUGGUAAAUAGGGACUUCUACAGUAGCUACCAGUGUAAAGGUUCCAUUUGUAUGUCUGUUUUUGUUUUUGUUUUCUUUUUUGUCUUACUUUGUUAAAGGGAAUGUCUGCAUGCUGCAUGGACCUAUGGGAAAAAAGCUACUUCCUUGUUUUGCAAGAAGAGUUGUGCCACCAUGACAAGUAUAUGGCUUUUUGACUCGCUUAUAUGGUGCAGUGUCAGACAAUCACAUAUAAUGUACUUUAUAGCCCUGCCACUGAACAAAAAGGGGAAUGAAAUGUGAUGGUUUUGCUCUUUUGCCUGUAAAUUAAUUUCCCAAAAUGAAUGAAUAUUUAGUUUCUUGUGGAUUAAUGUGUUGAAUGUGUUUUGCCAGUGGGCAGCUGUUGAUAGAUUGAGCAAAAGGAAAAAGACAAUCAUUGGGACCCAUUAUAUCAGAGACCAAUGACUCAGCAAGCAUUCAGUUAUGAGUUUCAGCUCUGCCGUCUCAUUUGGGGAAUCAUUCCAUUUCACCCAGAGCCUUACGUUUAAUAGAGUUGCUUCAUUCUGAGGUAUCUUGAAUUAGAAUCUUAACAUCUCCAGGAAUACAGUCAUGAAUCUGCCUCCUGAAGCGGAAAUUGCAAAGACGUGGCCCAAACUCAGUUUACAGAUUGAAUAGCAUGAGUCAGCAAUUAUAAUAUGGUGAUGUGCAGUGAGUCCAGAUGGAUUAGCUGUUAAAUCAAGGCUCUGGGUCCGUCCCAUGCGUGCGAGAGCUGCAGUGUUGCGUUUCGGCCGAGCUGCUUUGCUCCGUCUCCCUGCUCCCCCUGUUACAGGUUCAAUGCCAGAAACACAAGCUGUGAAUGUCAGUGAUAACGCCGUUCAGUCUGAAUCCUCUCCCUCAUUUGCCCUAUUUCUUUUAGUUAUUUUCGCCCUCUCCAUUCUCUCUCAGUCAUCCAUUGUCAUCACAGCUUUUCAUCACGGAGCCAGACGUGCCUUCUUUAUGUUAUUUUUAGCUUUUCAAUUCUCACAUUUCUUUUCUGACAGUAGGACAGAUGAUGAAAGAGGGAAACACACAAACACAGGAUGGGUAUGAUACUGGUGAUGGCAAUGCUGAAAAAAAACAUACUCACUGGAGAUGUAAUCAUAUUUUAUUAAGUGUUUAUCAAUUUUCUUUCACUUUCAUUUUUUAAAUUUUGUUUAUCACAGAUCAGUUAUUAUUUUGUAUGCUUUUUGGGAAACCUAUUGUACAUGUUUUACAGAUCAUUGUCUUGUCAAAUAAAAUGUAAACCAAAA